CAAUCAUUUCACCUGCUGAUAGUAUGUACAUUGAAAAUCGUACAGAUGUUCUUGGUUUGGGCAAAAGACAAUUAGAAAAAUGGAACGGGCUGGGGCCAUCAACACCCUGUUUGAGAUCAUCAGCUUUACCAUCAAAAAUAUACGAUUAUCCAAAGACUAAAUCUUUAGCCUGGCGUCCAAGCAUGGGAACUCGAAGCGUCGAAUUAGUACCUCUAUCUUCGUCAAAGGCUCUGUCGAGAUAUUCAUCGGUCGAUCCAUUGGUGGGCAUGACGACUCAGCCACUGAAAUUUCCGAGUCUGGUGACGGGACUGCCCAGGAAUUCGCCGUACUCGUCCCAAACGACGCUAUGCACGAGAUUCACGCCGAACGAAUGGUACCAGAAGCAAGUCAAGUUCUACAACGAAGCUGACUCGAAUCGCUAUUGCUCGGAGAGGAUGAGGAGUGACGCUGUAAAGAUAAUGAGAGAGGCAGAGGAGAGGGUUCAAGACAGCCAGUACGACACGAGUCGCAGGAUAGGCGAGAGGAUAAGCGAAGUUACGUUCUGGCGCAACGAGAUCUCGUCGGAAUUGGAGAAGCAGGUUCAGGAGAUCGAGAACCUUCAGGACUGCAGGUCGACCCUCGAGAAGGCGGUUCAGGAUAUUGAGAAUCCGCUACACGUUGCCGAGGAGUGUCUCUUCCAUCGGGAAGCGAGAAAAGGCACGGAACUCGUCCACGAUGAACCCGAAAGGGCAUUACUCCGGGAAGUGGAGGUUUUACGAAGUGGUCAAAAAAGACUGGAAAACUGCUUGGACAAAUGCAAAGAUCAGCUCCGAAAUUGCAGAAUUUCGCAGAAUCAAUUAGAGCUCGAUCUGAAGAAUAAAGACAGCGCUCUCAACAUUGAUCUCUUCUGCCACCAAAUAUCCAACGCCAGCAGAGGACUUCAGUAUUACUCUGGGAUAGAGCAAUACGAUCCUUGCGUUUCGAAGCCCGAGACUUGGGCCGAAACGGCAAAUCGGAUCAUCCAGAAAUCCCAGGCUGAGAGAACAAAGGCCGCCCACCUGCGAGUCGACGCCGAGACUUUGAUCAAUCGAGUGGCUCAGGAGAUGUGGGACUCGUGGAACAGCAGUAACAGCGCUCUGUCUCGAAGAUGUACAGAAUUGGUGGAAGCUAAGAGCAAACUUCAGCAACAUUUGCACAAGGUUCAGCAAGAAGUUUACGAUGUUGAGAAAAACAUUGAGCUCUUGCGCAAAGCUAUCGCGGACAAGAGUUACGCCCUGAAAGUCGCCCACACCAGACUAGAAGCUCGCACCCAUCGUCCGGACUUUGAGCUCUGUCGGGACAACGCGUAUAUUUGCCUUCAGAGGGAAAUAGAAGACAUUUACAAUCAAGUCGAGCGUAUGCACAAAACACUGCGAGAUUUGGAAAAUCAACAUCAGAGAUUGCUGAGAACGCGAAACGCUCUUGAACACGAUUUAGCACUGAAAGUUGACGCGACGUACAUUGACAAGGACAAGGUUUGUGGUUUAAGACGCUCAUAUCCGGUUAAUGCGAUGUUCAGAUUUUAG